AUGCCAGUUUCUUUGUCUGUCGAUAUUUUGAAGCGACUUUCCAAAAAUCAGUCACAUACUUGGCUUCUAUGCGACAUUGUUCAUCUGUUUUGCAGCGGCUACCCGACAAGCUCGCGGCAUCCGUCAGUAUCAGGCUCAGGUUCGUACUAUUAUUCACGUGGCGCAGGCUCGCUGUCUUCGAAUGUGCCAUCGCCGGCAAUGCCAUCCUAUAAUCGCGCUGCGGCUCAGCCAUACAACGGAGUUGCGGAGAACCCAGCAGUUAUAGGGCAUGGUAGUGGCAGUCGUCAUCCAAGCACUGUUGAGAGUGAAACGCCAUCAUAUUGGGUGGAGCACCUGGCAACUUUUGCGGUUGGUCGAGAAUUUGGCCUACAAUUUCCGGAUGAUGGCGUGAGAAAACUGAAGCAGCUGGAGAAUAAUAGUGCAAUAUGGGCACAGCCGAUGGUACUCCGACUGCGUCCUAACGUUGUUUCUGUUGAAGACGAAAAUGGGGAUCUUGUGGAACAGUUUCCAAUGGAGCUUGUCACUACGCCGACCGCUCAUUUGUCAACGGACCCGCGAGACGUUUACAAUAAUAUCUUAUUAUUUAUCGUAAAAGAGGACAAGAAACGUGGCAGAAGUUUGAAUCCAACGGAAAUGCACAUUUUUCAAGUAUGA